AUGGAAUCUUUCAGCAGCCAGCUGGAGUCCCUUGAGGCGGGCCGGGCGCAGCUGGAGACUCGCGUCCAGGAACAAGAUCGGAUCAUCGGAUGCCUAUUCUAUACCGUUAAAGAGCAGGACCGGGUCUUCAAUACCGUCUCGGCCGCAUAUGUUCGAGAGCUCCACGAGCUCCGCAGCCAGCUCAAUACCCUCAUUGGCGUGGGGCCACCGCCUGCACCGCCUCAGGCUGGUGAACCCCAGGCCCUGGAAUAUAUAACCCCCCUUCCUUAUCGUGUCCCACCCGCGAUCUGGCUCCCGCCGGGACCUCCACCGCAACUCUGCUAUAUUGGCUGGGCUGGUUCGCCGUCCGACCUAGAGGUCAUUACCGCGUGGUGCCGCCGUCUUGGACAACGCGUGACCCAAUGCCAGUACAGCGCGCUUGAUUACCGACGCGAUAUCACAGGCCGAAACCGGGUUGAGGUGCGCAAGGCCAUGCCGAAUGGUUUCCUUCAGGGCUGGGUUUUGGACCGCACGGAUGACACCUUUGGCUACUUUGUGCCAGAGAAGCCGGGCCCGGGGUGGCCUAAACAACUAAAAAUCCACAACGACACUGAGCGAGGCAUCUUCGUCGCCGCUGUCGAGUGUGACGAUGCCGGCCUGCGCCCAACUCAGGAUUGCUACAUCAUGGCGUCCCUCUACCCUGUCCAAAUCACGUCCCUGAUUCAGGUCAUGUCAACUUACUGGGAGAUGGUCCAUACCCUCUCUCGCACUCACGACAUUGCGCCUAUUGCGAAGGACUUUGCCGCAACUAGGGACCUCCUCCGCCUACACUGGCGGCGAGCCCGGGACACCGUUGGCCGCGGGACUGAAGGUCAGCCGCAGCACCGGAAGGCUGUGAUCGACAUCCAGGCCCACGAGUACCGCAUGAGCGAGCUGGUGAGCACCAUCCAGAGCGUGCCUGACCAAAACAAGUGGGAGCAUCUGGAGACGCUCCUCGCGCAGUCCAAGCGACCCUUUCAGAAGGCCGAGUGGGUGCUCAGGAACCUCGUCCACCACGACCGGUCGGGCCAAACCCCCAACGAAGAGACCGACAUACCCAACCCCUUUGUCGAGGAGUACCUGCAAGCCUUUCAGCGCUUGGUCACCAUCAACAACUCGGAACUCAGCGUAGUCGCGGCGGCGGGGCAGGCAGUUUCCGUGCAAGCCCCGCAGACGGUGCAAGAAGCCGUGCAAGCUGCGGCUGCUGCGUAG